UCACCAUUCGUCAACUGUGGUAAGUCCAAAUUUUAUUACUGUUUUAAUAUUUAAUUAAUUACCUGCGCCAAUAAUAACUCCGAUCACCCAUUUCUAUAACCCUGAUAGUUCAACAAGUGAAGCAGUGUACUAAAUUCUCAGAAGAUCAGAGUGGCAGUGAAAAUAACUUCCCAUGCACCAAUGUCUGAAGACUAUAUUCGCCAAUUAAUUUUUGGAAGUUUCGACAGCGCCUGAAUUGCAGUCAAAUCAUAACAUGUAGCUGUGAAUGCAUGGAAUCACUAAAAUAUAUAUCUUUUAACAAAAUAUUCAACUGUUCCAUCAUUAUUUGUGUUUCACUUAUAAGCACAAUACAAGUGAAAAGAUGGUAGAUCAUAUACCCAGCCUUGGUGAAAUAUAAGAGACUGACGUUCUCCGGCUGCAACUGAUAAACAUCAGUAUGGAGCAAUUUAAGCUCUCGGCUAUCAGUCCAUAUAUAACCUACGACCUAGCUAUGCUCGAAGGAUUGUUGAAGAACUUUCUAAAUUUAAGUAGAAUAGACUGAACUGUCUAUUAAAUAUAUAAAUAAUUAUUGUCCUAGCAAUUCAAUGCAAAAUAAAGAAACGUACACUUCUACAGGGAAUAAUACAGUCAACUGUCCAUGCACAGACGAUGCGCAUGAAUAACUUUGGCUCAUAAAUUUCGCAACUCAAAUUUAUAAAGUAAUUUUGUUGGAUAAUGAUUAGACAUAAAUUUUCAAAUUCUACAAUUGAUCAACUGAAUUGACACAAUACUACAGGUUGUGAACGUUAGCGUUCAGCGUAAUAAAGUUUGAAUCUAAAAUCUGCGAAUGGAAAAAGUCAAUCGAAAAGCGCUCUAUAGUGAUAUUCAAAUAAUGAAUGAAUUAAUAAUAAUGAAUUCGUGCAAUACACUCCAGUUGCAAAGGUGAUUUGAUGCUAUAUGCAAUUACUAUAAGCAAAAAAUCGUUUCGCAUUUGACGUCUCACUAUUUAGUAAAGGCUAGUUUCCACUCAAGAAAAUUAUCCGUUGAGUGGAACAGACAAGAAAACUUCUCUUUUUCUUGUGAGCUCUGGUUUGGAACUAAUGACUUUAAUACAAAGAAAAAUAUUCUUGUCCGUUCCAAUCCACGAAUAAUUUUCCUGAGUGGAAACUAGCCUUAAUUAAGCAGCGACAAUGAGUUCGUGUAUUGGCCGUUUAGAUUUAGCGAUGUGUAUUCUUGGUUUUCACUGCGGCAUUAUGCAUUGAUCCGACGGGGGGUCAACCUCAAAUGUGUUGAUGCUUAUGCUGGAGUGAGAAUAUGACACGAAACCCUACAUAUUUGCCACCUACUCUCUCUGAUAACUGUGUUUUGUUUUAGAGUUGACCCUCUCCCCCGUCACUUUAGCGAUACUAUUGGCAACAUCGCGUAUAUGGAUUUAAAAAUCGUUUCAACCGACUAGGCGGUAUUUAGCAAUUAGCAAACGUCGUGUAUUUUGCGGCCCACGACCGCCAUGAAAAAUCACAAGUCAGCUUUGAAAUUUAAAGUGUUUGUAAAUUGAUUGAGUCGGUUUUCUUUCAUGUACCGAGGUGAUUAUUUUUAAUAAUCACCUUGACUUUAAUCAUAGCCUAUCAAAGGGAAGAUAGCUGUGAAGCUCAUUAGAAUAACAAUAUAACUCAUUAUCUAUGUUAGUCAACGUUUAUUCAUAGAUCUGGUCCUUUCACCGUCACGUGUGUAUUGUAUUUUUAGCAAAUCCACCAAUAGCAAUUUCCAGUUUCCCUAUUGUUCGAGUCACGGAUAGUUGACUUUCGUAAAACAUUCAUAUUGGUUAGUUCAUAGUUAAUAGAAUAGAUGGUUUGGAAACUCAUCAGAAUAACAAAAUAACUCAUUAUCUAUGUUAGUCAACGUUUAUUCAUAAAUAUGGUCCUUCACUGUCACGUGUGUAUUGUAUUUUUGCCCAACUAACCAAUAGCAAUGUUUUAGGAAAACCAAAGUGGUAUUAUACCUAAUUUGCGGGUUCCGUUCCUGCCUGAGGACCGAUAUUUGCAAUUUUUGCAACUGCUCCUUCCACUCGCAAUUUCCAUUUAGAAAUUCAUUAAGAAAUGACUGUCUGAAGUUACGCAUGUGAUGUACAUAUGUGCUAGCCAGAUGGGCGGGGAAGGGGAGGUACAUUUCCUUGGCUCCGUGCAGGUUAUAGAGGAACCCAGAGAGAGGACCCGAAAUAACAAUAAUAUUGUGAAUAAACUACGGCAAAUUGUUUCUCAGGAAGCCAAAGUAAAAUUAAAUAUUGGCGUUCUGAGAAAUAAUUUGUUAGCGUUCCGUAGUUUAUUCACAAUUUUAUUAUUUGGAGUCCUCUUUAACGUGGAGUCCAGAAAAUUGAACUUCUCCUGGUUUCCCCCAAGUCUCUGGGGGAACUGUCGUUGGGAUACUGUCUUGACAGACAAACAUACAGACAGACAGGGAUCCGGACACCCACAGACAUACACAUACUGUACAAAAGCGGAUGAGAUCACAACUUCCUGACAGAGGUAAUUGGUAUUUAUUUUCGCACAAAACUUGAAAGUGCUUGGAAGUGCUUACUUAAAUCAUCAUACUUAAAUUGUUCUUGGUUAAAGUGGUUCCCUACAGUUGUAAAGGGACAGCAGCGAAAUUAAGGUCUUCGCAAUGACACUAAAUUUCGCUAUUUAUGUGAAAUGGGGAUUUUUUUUUUAACUAGAAUUGCUUGCGUAAUCUUUAUACUUCAAGCAUGCAUAAUCGUUCGAAAGGAGCAAAUUGUGUGUUGCUAUGGCAACAAUGUGGCCUAAGUGACAGCAGACAAAGAUCAAAUUUUGAAUUAAAAAUGAAUUUAUUAAAAUUUAGAACUACAGCAGCAGGAACAGUGAAUUUCAUUAAUGUUGCCCGUUUGAACAGUUUAACGUCACUUUUUCCUGGUUUCUACCACCUUAUUUUCUGCCCUUUAGUCUUUGAAUAUUCUGAUACAAGAGGUGGUGUUCCACUCAAAAUAGCCUGCGUAGCAGGCGGUAUUCGCGGGCACGAGAGAAUGGGAAGCUUGAAAUACCGCCUGCCCAAAAACUACACAUUCUGAGUUCUCCCCGGCAGCUGGGUGCCGGAGCAUUCUGAUUGGUAGCCUGCGUAGCAGGCGGUAUCUGAUUGGUCAGAAUGUUGAUUUUAAAUUUUUGAUUGACAGGAGUACAGAAUUAGAAUAAUUAGUGCUAAUUUUAGAAGUUACUGUUGCCGUAUUUAUAAUAUAAACUAUUGUUAUUUUCGUAAUUGUACCGAUAUAUCGAGUGAUGGCAUACACUAACCAAAAGAUAACGAAUGUAUUAAUUGAGAAUUAAGCGUUGAAUUCUUUAAUCUUUAUCUGGAAUCGGAAAUCGCUUCGUCUUGAAGAAUGAACAACGAAUAUCAAUCCAACAUUUGUUGCUUGAAGAUUUGAUACCGUGAUAAAAGUGCAGAUUUGAAGAUACAGGCUCGUAAAUGACAUUCUAAGUCGUGUUUUUGAUAGCGAUUGGAACAAGCCUAUUACAAAGUUACGUUUGAAGGGGCCGAAGUUGUGUUCGGCGAAAGAUAUGGCUAGUCUAUAUUUUUGUUCAGACAAUUGCGUAAUUUGAUAAUACACGAACUCGCUUGACUUUCAAAGCUCAUAAAUCGCUAUAUAUAAUGUUGACAUCGACUAAAACUAUCGCUGUGAAUGAGGACAUAUUGUUACACUGAAUCGAACGUGGUAUUUUUGUCUUCGUAGCAUUGAAUGAACCGAAGAUGUGAAACGUCAAAGCCGUAUAUUUGCACUGGUGUAAAUACGUGAGUUUGACCAUUAAUUAAAAUAAAUACAUUACUGUAAGAUGGGCGGGACCAUGCGGUGGGCGGAACUCAAAAUGUGUAGUUUUUGGGCAGGCGGUAUUUCUAGCUUCUACCGCCUGCUACGUAGGCUACUUAAGAACAAGUGGUCUAAAAUUCUCAAAAGAAGGCUUAAAGUGUACAGGAAAGGUUGCUCUAUUUUCUGAACCACACAAAUACUCAUAUAUUUUAUUACAAGUAAAAAUAUAUGUGAUUUACUACAAUUAUAGGACUUUCGUCAUUUUUGUUGGUUCAGAACACAAAGCAAUUUCAGAGCAAGCAUGUGUGAAAGUUUCAACUAAUUACUACAAGUAUUUCUUGAGAUAUCCUUUUCAGAACACUACGGGGUGGCCAAAUUUCUGAAUUGGAACAAUUAUAAAUCAAAUUUCGAAUUUUAAGAUAAUAUGUGGGCUCACUUAUAUCCCUCAUAAUUGAAGCUCAUUCUCAGCAAAAAUGUUGCUGCAAUCUAAAAUGAGUCACAUGCAUUAGUUUCUCCCUCUUUUUCUUGAUCUUGGUCCCCCUUCUUCUUCUUCCUCCCACGUAGAACUUUUCUCCGCAAUUUUAUAUUAUCUUGUUCUUUAUAGUCCGCUUUUUUCAACCUAGGGUUAUCAUAUCGAGAACAUUCAGCUUUGCAAUAUAUUCCAGGAUUAAUGCCAAUGCUCUUCAGAACUUGAAUAAAAGCUUCACAUCCAAUAUUGAAGUGGGCAAUAGCAUCAUGUACUCCAAGUUGCAGUACACUCGACAAAUGUUUGUUUUGGUAACUGUUCCCAAAUCAUUCAUUUAAAGACUCAUUCUGAUUUUGAAUCUUGCCAUCUAAACAUCUUGGCAAAAGGCCAUUAUCACUUGGCCUGUCAAAUGUUGCUUUUUAAUUGCACCGCAAUUUCCACAGUCAUGCCAGCUCCAUGUUUGUAUUUAUUCGUUUUAUUUGCCUUGUAACCGCAUCAACUGUCCUGACCUUCUGGGCAAUGAGGAUGUAGUGUUCGUUUCUCUGUUGAUGCUCAAUGAAACAAGCAAGCAUAAAUAGCUUAUUUCUUCAUUCCCUCCAAAUUGCCAGAUUUACUUCGUAUUGCAAUACCGUAAUAAUUUUUUAGUCUGUCUAUCAUUUUAUCUGUUAAUUUCCCUCUCCCCCCUAAAUCCUUGUUUUCUUUCUUUAGUUUUCGUAAAACAUGCAGUUCCCAAUCGCUUCUGAACAUGACCCACACAUUCCUUUUUCUCAACAAUAAGCCCAUGAUCUUUGUAUCCUUUACAGUCUCAAAGCUUUUGCUGUCUUUGUCACCAAAAUACUCAUCAUAUACUAACUUAAGGCUUUCUAUUGAACGUUUAAACAUUCUAGAUGCUCCCUCAGGUUCCGUGGCUGUUGUGGUGAUUAGCCUUGCACGUAUCUUGAUGAUCUUUCCUCCAUGUAGCAUUUUUUUUUGGGGGGAGGGGUGUUUUUAGUUUACAUUUUUUACACACUUUGCUAAGUGCCUCAACAUCAAGCACCUUUCCCGUAUCAAUGCUGAUAACGCUUACACAGCCAUUCAGAGAGGCAAAUCCUCUUCUUUAAUUGCCAAGUGCCAUUACAAGAUAUCCCACAUUUGACCAGCCCAUCUUUGGACUCUGGUUUUAAAUCAUGAACAUUGGCGUACCGGAAGGAAAAAAUUAGGGGGGCUGAAAGAAAUUUGCCCGACUUUUCCUGAUUUUGCCCGACUAGUACCGAAUUUUUUUUGCCGGCUGAAUUUCCGACUAAAUUGACAGAAUUUGUCCCAUUUAUUUUUAUUACAAACCAAAAUUGCCCGACUGUUGAUCGAAUUUUGCCCGACUGCUCAACAAACCGCCCCCCCCCGCCCCGUCCCCCCGCCCGGUACGCCUAUGAUCAUGAAGCUUUGUAGCAGCACUGAUCAUUGUUUCCGACGAAACCUCUUUCACAGCCUUUGAAUGAAUGAACAACUUUAUUUAUAGAUGGUAAAAACACAUGACAGCAAUAUAACUGAAAAACCUGCGGCCCUCAUAUACAAUACAUAUACAAAGUUAUUAAUUCUACUUUAAAACGUCUAAAAGCUACUUAGAGUAAAUAUGUAAAAGAUCUUAGGAUUAUAAAUUUAUAUAUACAAAUUAUAUACAGUACAACUUGCUGGUCACAAUAGUAAUUCAAAGCGAUCGGUGCCCUUAUAAGAUUCUAAGAAGUAUUUUUUAAGGGCAAACUUAAAGGAAUUAACGCUAGGUUUCGUCUUAAUAUCCUUUGGGAGAUUGUUUCAUAUUUUAAUGAGUUUGUUUGUUUCAUAUUUUUAUGGUUCCAUAUUUUAGCAGUGCUCUUGUCAUAUCAACAAACCGAAUCCUACUUACGAUUGGUGUACCCGUAGAUAUUCAGUCAUCAGCAGCCUUUAGUCGCUUUGAAGGAUUUAUUUUCCUAGAGUCGUUUUCGUUUAGGCUGUUCAUUAUGGCCGACAUGAUUCACCGCAGUCCUCGACCCCGUUUCUUUGAUGUGUGUGCUGAUUACCACAUAAUUUUCGCUUUUUUGAAUAACCAGAUCGAGCACGUCUCAAACCAACUUUUAACACCAAACAAACAGUAUUGAUGCGAAAAUUUAAAUUGCAAAUGAGGAAAUGCUUCGCUUAAAGUUUUGCUGUUUAAAUCAGUUUAUAAAGCCACUUUUCCAAACGAAAUACUUCAUGUAAACAUGUAUUAAAUGUCCUUGAUGGUUCUGACAAAACGAAAUCAGGGAGGGGUGGGUAAAUAAUUGUUAUAUUUUUCAAAACCAAUCGGUAAGAUUCACAGUAAACUAUUCGUUGCUAAGGUGGUUGCUAAGGAAAAAAAUGGUACAUUUGUUCAGUAUUUCCCAUUUUUCUCCUAUUCAAUGAAGAAAUACAUCACAACAUGAAAAUAUAAUAAAUAGGCAUGACAAUUUGCUUCUUUCAAAAAAGUGAAAAAAAUCGACAUUUUGAGUGGAUCGAAGACCACCAUAUUAUGUCCUUGAGAAGACAUUGAAUUUAACUCUAGCUUCUUGACCUAUAUACACAGGGGCGUUUCGCGGGUAAGGGCGGUCGCCCCCAAUCGCAAAAAAACUAUUCUCUGGAAAAGGCUAAACUGCAGAGAAAUGGGGUACAAGUUACAUCCUCGAAGCUGAAACGGAUUAAGUACGUCUCGAUUGAGGAAAACGACGAAAUACUGGAAGAGCUUGAUUUCUAAAAUCUCGUUAAAACAGUUGUAGAUAUGGUUCCAAGAGGAAUAGAUUUAGUUUAGAUUUAAAUGUAUAUACAUUAUGAUAACAUGAAUAUUCUUCUCAGACUUAUUCUGUAUCAUAUAUAAAAGCGAGUAGAAACUUAGGAAUGUCUGGGAAAAUUUAUGUCUUCGACGUACUACAAAAUGCUUGAAAUCACAUUUCAGGGAUUCUAAAUUUUAAAAUUUUCCCUGGGGUGCAUGCGCCCGAACCCCCCUAGAGCGUACUUUGUAAUCUUCGGAAUUCUGCAAGAUUUCACCCCCAAAAUGCUUGAAAUCACAUUUCAGGGACUCUAAAUUUCAUAAUUUUCACGGGGGUGCAUGCCCCCGGACCUCCAUAGAUGGUCUCGCGCCUUCGGCGUUCGCUUCGCCCCCCCCCCAAAAAAAAAAUGAAGGUCUGGCUACGCCACUGUAUAUACAACACAUUAACCGCAGGUAAUAGGAAUAAUUUUCCUCGCUUACCAAAAUUUGGAAUGCUUUGCGUACAUACGUCUACGACUAUCUAAAAACGUUUACCACGGUUUGCUAAAGAAAAUUUUUGUUGCAGUUUACAGAAAAAUGGCAUUGUCUAAAGUGGUUGCAAAUAUGAAAGACGAGUUAUCUGCGGAGACGCACAAACGCAAGAAACUUAGAGAAUCCGAAUUAUUUGUUCUUGACAAUUCUCUUCGCGAGAGUACUGUGGGACAAUUGCGAGGUCAUACUCUGGAAAAUAAAUGGAAGAUAUACGAAGAG